UUUUCUCAGUCUCAUUGUGAAUGCAAUAACACCCUCAACCUUUGGACACUAUUUUGCAGCCAUGGAAACAGGCAUAGCAUGCUACACCCGUGGAACUUUCCUUCCUAGUGUUUCUUCCAAGCACUCUCCACCCUCCAUUUCUCCAUCUUUUGGCUUCAGGAGUCUGAAAUCAAGCUCUUUAUUUGGAGAAUCUUUAAGAGUGGCAUCCAAAUCAACACCAAAGGUUUCAAAGACAAAGGAUACUUCUUCACUCAUAACCAAAUGUGAAAUUGGUGACAGUCUGGAAGAAUUCCUCACGAAGGCAACACCAGAUAAGGGGUUGAUCAGGUUGAUGGUGUGCAUGGGAGAAGCAUUAAGAACAAUUUCCUUCAAAGUGAAGACAGCUGCUUGUGGUGGAACACAAUGUGUUAAUUCUUUUGGGGACGAACAACUUGCUGUGGAUAUGCUGGCUAACAAGCUUCUUUUUGAGGCCUUAAAUUACUCUCACUUCUGCAAGUAUGCAUGCUCAGAAGAAAUUCCUGAGCUCCAGGACAUGGGAGGUCCAGUUGAAGGUGGAUUUAGUGUUGCAUUUGACCCCCUUGAUGGCUCAAGCAUCGUGGAUACAAACUUCACAGUAGGCACCAUCUUUGGCGUGUGGCCUGGAGAUAAGUUGACUGGGGUCACUGGAAGAGAUCAAGUUGCUGCAGCCAUGGGGGUUUUGGGUCCUAGAACCACAUAUGUGCUUGCUCUUAAGGACUUCCCUGGCACCCAUGAAUUUCUUCUUCUUGAUGAAGGAAAAUGGCAGCAUGUCAAAGAGACUACAGAAAUUGGUGAAGGAAAACUAUUCUCCCCGGGAAAUUUGAGAGCCACAAGUGACAACCCCAAUUAUGCCAAGUUGGUCGAUUACUAUGUCAGAGAAAAAUACACAUUGAGAUACACUGGAGGAAUGGUGCCUGAUGUCAACCAGAUUAUUGUAAAAGAAAAAGGUGUCUUUACAAAUGUGGCAUCACCAUCUGCUAAAGCCAAGCUUAGAUUGCUGUUUGAGGUAGCUCCUUUGGGGUUGUUGAUUGAAAAAGCUGGUGGUUACAGCAGUGAUGGUCAACAAUCUGUGCUAGACAAGGUCAUCACAAACGUUGAUGACAGAACUCAAGUUGCUUAUGGAUCCAAGAAUGAGAUCAUCCGGUUUGAAGAAACCAUGUACGGUUCAUCCAGGCUCAAGGGUGGUGUACCUGUUGGAGCAGUUGCUUAAGCUAUUCAUUGUCAAUUUUUAUCUGCUUUUUGCAAAAGAUAUAUGCUAUCUUCAGACAAGUCUGUACAAUUUAGUCAUAGAUUUUCUGUUUAUGACUAUAACAAAGUUAAAUUUAUCUUGGUA